AAAGCGGGUGCUCGACCGAUAUGUUUCCACGGGGGAUGGAUUCUCCCGAUGUUCUGGCUGAUUUCGAACGAGAUCUGCUGGAUACGCGGAUCGCGAAUUCUCCUCAUCGCCCCCUUUGAGUCGCAUUCGCAGUGUAUGCUAAUGUCACCCUAUAUAGAGGCCCUAAGCGAUCGGGGUCACCAGCUGACGGUGAUUCAUGCAUAUAAACACUGCAAGCUCAUUGAAAAUGUUACCUUUAUACGUAUAAGGGAUAAUAUAACGUUUACUCAGGUAUGUGAUAAUUUUGAAGAGUUCAUGGGAAUCGGUUCUACGGCCAGCAAGUGGGGAGAAAUGAAUUCUAUGACAAGAAUAAUGGUAAAUUGUUCGCUUAAUAUACUUCACAACUUGGAAGUUCGAUCCUUAAUGCAAUCGAAUACCACAUUUGACUUGGGUUUGGAACCGGGCUUUACCGACGUGCUUUUCGGGUUAGCAGUUCAUUUCGAUGCCCCACUGAUCGGAAUUUACACAUGUGUAUCUGAUUGGAAUACAUAUAACAUGGUGGGCCAUGUAACGUCCAUUUGAGAGCCAAUAAUGCCCCUAGGCUUAAAAUCUGUGCGAAGUGUUUGGGAUCGCAUCUACAAUUGGAUUUACACCACCGAAGAGUGGCUGUUGAUAAAUUUUGUUUUCCUACCGAAGCUGCGACUCGUCUAUGAUCACUUCUUUGGCCAUCAGCAGAGCUUUAUGGAGAUCCGGCACGACUUUUCACAUUUGCUGAAUCAACACUUUAGCUUGUUUAAGGCCAGGUCUACUGUUCCCGGCCUGAUUGAAGUGGCUGGCUUUCAUAUCCCAAAAAAUCCAAAACUUCCUGAUGAUCUUCAGGCAUUCAUCGAUGAGGCAGAACAUGGUGUAAUCUACUUUGCUUUGGGUAUGGAGCAGGAGUGUAAGGAUUUGCCAGAGGAAACACAAAACGUUUUGCUAGAGAGUUUCAAAUCGAUGCCUCAGCGGGUGAUUUGGAAGUUUGAGGGUGCCCCCAAGAGCUUAGCUAGUAACAUCUAUAUAUCCAAAUUUUUACCACAGCAAGCCAUUUUGGCUCACCCAAAUGUUAAGCUUUUUAUUAGUCAUGGUGGAAUGCUGAGUACAAUUGAGGCUGCCUAUUGCAAACCUGUACUGGGACUGCCUUUGUUCUUCGAUCAAUUCAGGAAUUUGGAAGUCCUGGAGGAAGAGGGUGCAGCUCUGCAGUUGAACAUAAACAGCGUGACAGAACAAGUAAAGGAUACUGUGGAUCGCCUGGUGAACCAACGAAAAUUCGGAGAAAAUGCCUUGGCUGUUUCUCAAAGAUUUCGGGAUCAGCCCAUGCAUCCUGGAACGGCCAUCUAUUGGACCGAAUACGUCAUACGCUACAAGGGAGCCAAUCAUAUGAAAGUAUCUCAAUCUCAGGUGAAGCUGUUCGAAUACUAUUCCCUGGACAAGGUAUUGAUGGUCGGAAUACGGUUAACCCUGGUGGUGGGCAUACUUUUUUUGGUUCUUUCUAAAGGAAGGUGUUGCUUAAAUUAUUUGAUCAAAUUUGUCAAGCCAUUUUUGCCCCUUACUGGCAUUCAAUCUAAUAACGAUGUGAUAAGUUAAAGAAUUUGUAUACUUAAGUGUUGUUGAUUUUAAGGAUAACUUUUAAUUAAAAUAGUAUUAUACUUUAUCUGUUUCAAAAUGUAUAUAUUUUUAAUAUUUAAAAAAAAUUACAUUUUGUUAAUAUGUUACGUGGUGUGUCAAUUUAUUUAAAAUACGAAUAUAUAAGGGGUGUUGACGAACUGCGCUGUUGAAUGGUAUAUUUUGGAUUCGAUUAUAAUUAUUUUAUUGGUUUUUUAUGUUGAUUACAGCAGGGACAAUGAAUGAUAAGCAUAGUGGUAGCUUUAUCUAAUCUUAAUUGCCCCUUUAUUUAUGAUUGUUUUUAAGUGUUUAUGGACUUAUUUUUGGAAUGGUGCAGGGCUUGUGUCUUGUGCUGCUUUGUAUAAUUAAACCCUGAAAUAUUAUUAAUUUGAAUUAAUUUCACUUUAACAUUUGCUAAUUUUAAAAAGCUUAAUUGGUUUUAAUAAAC